AUGACUGAAGCCAAACAAGAUUUAAUUGAAUUAUCAACAAAUCCUUUAGAUGUAUGGAUAAAUACACAUUAUGAUGAAUUGUGUGCAGGUAUGACGUGUAAAAAUGCUCUAUUCUGCAAACCAUCAGACAUGAAAGACAAGAAUUUUCAAAUGAGCAUUAAGGAUAAAUGUGAUAGGAAACAUAGAAGAAUAGACGAUAAACAAACAUGGUGUUAUGUUUUGAAAGAAGAAAUGAAAGGAUUAUAUAAACAGGUUGAACCAAACGAUAAUGAGGAUUCAUUUACUGACGAUGAAAUACCUGUAAAUGAAGCUUUAUAA